AUGGGCAAGGGUUCUGUGACUGAGACUCAGGGGCUUCAUGGAAUCAAUGCACAGUACAUGCUGCCUGGAGAGUACAAUAUAGGAGCCCUGUUUCCUUUCCAUACAGUCUCUGUUGGGUUUGCUCAUAGGUCAAAGCCCGAAGAGGUGACUUGCGACAGCUUUUAUCCUGUUGGUUAUGGGAAUUUUCUGGCGAUGACAUUUGCAAUUGAUGAAAUAAAUAACUCCACUUCUCUUCUGCCGGGUGUGCAACUGGGUUAUGAAAUCUACGACGACUGUUUUGAGACACUGGCCUCCCUCCUACCCAGCCUUCUUUUGUUAUCGAAAGACAAGAGUAAUGGGAUUGACGUGCUCUGUAAUUACACAGAGUACAGAAACCGUGUGAUUGCUCUGAUAGGACCUUGGACAUCAGAACAAGCAAUUGUCACAGCCAAACUAUUCAGCUUAUUUUUAGUUCCUCAUCUGGUACAGGAAGAAAUACCCCAGGACUCUGCCACUUGGAGGACUGCUGGAGACCAGGCUCUUGCUCAGCCCCAAGCAGAUGACACUGUGGGGUCGACAAUGCAAGAUUUCUUUGGAAUGCCCAAGCAAACACAGAAGCAGCCAAGGAGGUUUGAUGGGAGCACUGGGCUUAUUAGUUAUGGGUCCUCAAGUGAAAAACUGAGCAACAAGAAGUUCUUCCCGUCAUUCCUGAGGACAGUGCAAAAUGAUCAAAACCAAGCCAUGGCCAUUGUCUCCAUCAUCAGAAAGUUCAACUGGAAUUGGAUUGUUGGAAUCGGGAGUGACGAUGAGUACGGGCGACAGGGAAUAGAAUUAGUUCAGAAAUAUGCAUUGUUCCAUAAUAUCUGCAUAGGCUACAUUGAGUUGAUUCCCGUCCACUUCUAUCUAUCCAGCACCAAGCAAAAAAUCUCUGAUAUCGUGGACCGGAUCACACAGAUGAAUGUCAGUGUUAUCAUUCUCUUCUCCAGUGAGAGACCCGCUCAUGAAUUCUUGAAGCAGAUUGUUAAAGCAAACUUCACAGGGAAAAUCUGGAUUGGAAGUGAGGCCUGGGUCAAGUCAGCCAUUAUUUAUGCCCCAGAUGUUGGACGGAUUGGGCACUGUGAUUGGGAUGCAAAGGAACAGGACAUCAUCACAAAACAUGGUGGUAAUCAGACCUUUCCUUUUUGGCCACAUCCCACAGAAUCUUCCAGUCAGCUGCUUAAUGCCAUUCAGCAUCUGAUGCCCAAAAACCUGUCUAUGGUGUUGGAUCAACCAGCGACAUUUAGUGUGUACAUAGCAGUGUACAGCAUCGCACAUGCACUCCACACUCUGCUCAAGUGCCACUAUGGAAGAUGCCAAAACACAGCUGGAUGGCAAAACUGGCAGUUGCUGGAAGAGUUGAAGCAAGUUAAUUUCACCAUCAGUAACACCACCAUUUACUACGAUGCUGCAGGAAACCUACAGCGAGGUUACAACAUCAUAACCUGGAUCCAACAUGCAGGGCAGCUCAAACUAACUAUGAUUGGCAGCUACAAAGAUCAGUUAACCGUUGACGCUUCACAGAUUCAAUGGAAAACAGUUAACAAUAAGGUACCUCCAUCCCAUUGUUCCAAGAGCUGUGGCCUGGGGCAGAAGAAAAUUGCCAUCAGCCUGUAUUCCUGCUGCUUUGAAUGUGAAGGUUGUCCAGGAGGAACUUUCCAGAAUGUGACCGAUAGCUUUUCUUGCAAUGAAUGUCAGCCUGAUGAAUGGUCACCACCUAACAGUUCUUCCUACUUCAAGAAAACCCUGCAGUAUCUGUCCUGGAUCUCACCUGUUGGUAUUACUCUGCUUCUGUUCAUGGUACUUGAGCUCAUGCUGAUACUGGCCAUUAUGGUGAUCUUUCUGAGAUACAUACACAGUGGUUGGUACAUCACCUUGUGUAUCAGCCUCAUGGGGCAAGGCACCAUUUGCUAUUUUUGGCUGAACACAGAUGGUGACUUUCUGAUGAAGACCACAGGCAAUUCUAAAGACGCCCUUGUCCUCUACUGUAAGAGUGAUUCAGAGGUGAUGUUCUGGCUGAUGUUGGGUUACAGUGGCCUACAGGCACUGGCUUGUUUCAAGUGUACCUUUCUGAUCCAGACCCCACCUCAAACCUAUAACCUAGCCUGGGAAAUAAGUGUCUCCAUGCUCUUCUAUAUUAUCAUUUGGCUUUGCUUCAUCCCAUCUUACACAGCAGUAAGCAAGAAACACGCAUCUUCCAUUCAGAUUGCUGCCACACUACUCAGUUGUUUUGCAAUCCUUAGUGCUUAUUUUGUUCCCAAGUGUUUUGUUAUCUAUUUUAAACCACAGUACAACACUCCUGAUUAUUUCCUAAUUUAUGAUCUACAAACACAAACAAGGAAGGAGUGUCAAUGACACAAAAUCAUUGAAUUAUCUUCG